AUGAGAGCGGCCAUUAUGCCAAUGGGAAAGAACAAGAGCAUCAACGGCGGAGGAGGCAGCGGAGGCAGCAACAACGGCAGAACCACCAUGAACAACGCUAGACCCGCCAACACCAGAACAGACCCCAAGCUCAUACACUGCACCAUGACCACCUACGACCUCCGACGAACAUUUCUCUCCCUCCCCAAACGACAAUGCCACGUCAGCAAACGAGAACAGCGAGCAGCAGCGAGAAUGGCAACGAAUUUAUGA